AUAAUGCAGUUACCAAAUCCAAUGCAGUACCGAGACCACCCACUAUAUGAGAUGAUACAUAACUUCACAUAUCUGUCCCACGAACAAAAUGCAUAGCAUUUGUCCUUCGGAGGUGGAAGCCAUGGGAGGGGCAGUUGCAAGCAAAACUUAACCGACACGGACAUGGACGUCACCCCCCCUCCUCUUCUUUCUGUUACAUGGUUCUGGGCACGUGCCCCUCCUCUUCUCUUUUGACACAGUCAUCCUUUAAGCCCAACGAAACCCACUUUGAGAACCCUUUAUUCUUCCCAUGGCGCAUGCUCCUACUCCAUUCUCUCACUGCAACAAAAAUAUAACUCCUUUCCUAUAGAGAGGUGGACAGUGGACACCACCACUUCACUCCCCUCUCUCCCCGUUAGAUUGGUGGAAUGAAUUAAUAGUUUUAAAAUAAUAUACAUAUAUAUAUAUAUAUAAAUUGUGUCAGAGAAGGAAGUAGAAAACGAAUAAAGAAUAGAGAACUCAGACAAAGAGAUUAGAGAGAGAGAGAGAAAAAAAGAGAGGCACAACAUAUCACAGACAGAAACAGAGACAACAGACAGUGGCAGCGAUGAGGAAAGAUUUUGAGGUUGGAAACUUGAAAGUGGUGUGUGUAGGUGGGUGACGAGCCUAGGUGUAGGGGGCUAGAGGGUAUUGGGUAGGUUUAGGUUGAGUGGGGAACGGGAAGGAAGAGACGAGGGGAAUUUUCAGUUUCCUGAUUCUGACAUAACCACCGACUCGACACUCCACAACCGCCAACGCCCCACUCUCGCUUGUCACGCCGCCGCCUCCGCCGUCGCUGCCGCCCAAACCAGAAGAUUAGGACGUUUCCCUCAUCAGCGACAGCCAAUCCAGCCCUUCUCUCUCUCACACUUCCGUACCUACUCUCAUCAGUAUUGCAGGAGAUGCGAGCAGGAUACUAUUCUACUUCGGUGCUGCUCUCUUUGGGUUGAUAUUAUUGAAGAAGAGGAGAGAUCAUCAUCUAUCACAAAGAGAGAAAGAUCCUUGAAGAUUUUCUUGGAUAGAAUAAAUAGUUGCAUCUUUAUUACUUAACCUCCCUUUUUCUUACUCGUGGAAAGAGAUGGUUAAGGCGAAGGACCAUGGGGUAAGGGGGAGGUGUGGAUGGAAUCUGGUUUCUGGGCUCUGGUAACGAUCGCCGUUGUUUUCUUCUUCGCAUAGAUUCUCAACUGGAGAGUAUAUGGUAGACACGUUGGGUUGGGUUUACACUCUCUUUAAAAUCUGAAACCGCAAACGCCACUUCCUCCAGAAAUCCCGUAUCCCCAAGAUCAAAAUCUGCAUGAACCACCACACCCACUCUCCUAUUAAUAGAGAGCUAAAGGAGAAAUAGAGAGAGAAAGGGAGGAAGAAAAAAAAUAGAGAGAGAUGCAGCAGGAAGGUGGAGGAGUAGGUGGGAUGAGUGGUCUGCAACAACAAGAUCGGAGGAUGAAGCCAUCAUCGGCUACGGAAAAUCAACAACAACCACCACAGCAGCCUCAGAAAUGUCCUCGUUGUGAAUCUCUCAAUACCAAGUUUUGUUACUACAACAAUUACAGUCUCUCUCAGCCUCGUUAUUUCUGCAAGACUUGUAGAAGAUACUGGACUCAAGGAGGAACUCUCCGAAAUGUCCCCGUCGGAGGUGGUUGCCGGAAGGGGAAACGAUCCAAGAGACCCUCUACCUCCGAUAACCCACCACCGACUCGUUCACAGAAUCAACAGCAACUAUUAAUUUCAACCUCAGAUACUGCUGUGAUAUCAACUACUACAGCUUCUUCUUCGAGGAAACCAGAAACUGAUACGAUCAUGGCUGCUUCAAAUCCGAUCCCAUCUAUGGCAUCGGUUCCUUCUUCUUCUGUCUACUAUGGCGGUGGAGGAGGGUUCUUAUCUUCCCUGUCAACCCUUCAACCUUAUAAUCCCCACAUGAACGUCGGUGGUGGUGGCGAUUUCGGAGGUUCCAAUUUGGCGCUGCUACAGGGAUUCGGUCUCCCUUCUUUUAUCCCACAACAGCAACAACAUCCACAAGUAUACCAGAUGGGGGGUAACAGAGAGAUGAAGCCGUCACAAGUUUUUCCUCCUCCAGAGGAGAACCUAAGGCCUUCUGGUUCAACUUCUCAUCAUCCUCAGGACUGGCAUCAAAGCUUUAUUGAAUCUUCUUCUAACUCCAAACCUGGACCAACUUAUUGGAACAACAGCAGCGGAAACAACAUGAACAGCAACAGUAACAACAAUACUACUACUGCUACUACUACUCAGUGGUUGUCUGAUCUAUCAGGUUAUGGUCAUCCUUCACAACCCUUCAUAUAGUUCAACUCUUCCAAAGUUUAAUGACCUUAACUGUGAAUUCGGGGAAUUCUUUUUUGUCUUUCUAUAGAAACACCAUUGAAUCCUCUCUCUCUUUUUUUCACUUUUUUUUCUUGUAACUGUAGCCUUUUUUUUUUUUUUUGGUGGGUAUAAUCAGUUGGAUACUUGAAUGAUGUUGAUGAGGGUUGGUCUGUUAUCUUAUCUUGAUGUGGGUGUUCAUAUAUGGUUCAUGUGGAGAACAAGAAUGUUUAGAGGGUAGGAAGCCUAUAUUUUCUUUAUUGUGACUUCUCAAAGUUUCCAUUUUUGAUGGUUUUUUUAUCAGAAAUUUGUGAUUCUUAUCUUUAAA